AUGUGGAUGGGAAUGGUGUGAUCAGCAUGGAAGCUUUCCAGGUAAUCCUUUACAAGUAUGGGCUUCGGGAGGAUCUAGAUCCGCACAAGAGAGAAGUCUUGGAAACAACCAUAGAAGAGAACACUGGUGGUGUCAUCAGCUAUCAGGAGUUUGUUAAUAUUAUGAGUGAUAAGAGAUCACUCAGUUUCUCCAUUGCCGUCCGGUCACGCUACGAAGAAUGUGAGAGCGAUUGCAUCGAUGGUAGCAAGGUUGGUUUCAAGAAAGAGGACUACCGCACCCUGACCUAUCAACAGCGAUUUCUCAAGAUGGUUGCAGACGAGAUCCUCACCAACGAGACCGACCGCAAUUACUUUCGAUGCAACUUUUCCUGGUGUCUUCCGCCUAUCCUAAUCUUCUUGGUCACGUGGAUUGAGCUAGGUUUUUACAUAGGAGUAACAAUGAAUGCAACUCGAGCUGACACUAACUCAUCCACAAGGGCAGCAGAUAUCUGGACCGGUCCACUACCAAAGAACAGCUGGCUAGUCUUUGAUCCAGACAAGAGAAUACAGUUUUGGAGAUUUUUUUCAUAUAUUCUUUUACAUGGAGGCAUAGAACAUAUAAUCUUCAACUUUUCUGUCCAAAUGUUAUUGGGAGUACCCUUAGAAAUGGUCCAUGGGACCAGGAGAAUCGGAACCCUCUACCUCAUAAGCAUAGCCGCUGGUUCGAUGGGUACAUCAGUAUUUGACAGAAGAAGUUUCCUUAUGGGGGCAUCGGCUGGUUCCUAUGCCCUCUUAUCAGCUCACCUUGCCAAUGUAGCCCUUCAUUUUUCAGAUUCAAAAUUGAGUCCUCAAAGAAUAGCAGUUGUUAUAGUAUGUGUAAGCGCUGACUUCGGCCUUGCUGUUUAUCGUAGAUACUCUGGUUUACGAACAGCUGCUUCUUUCCUUGCGCAUCUCAUGGGGAUCACGAUUGGUCUUACAAUAGGCCUAUUUAUUCUUAAAAACUAUGAACAGCGCUUGCAUGAACGACUCGGUAUGUGGCUGGCUAUGGUAGUCUAUAUCCUCUUCAUUCUCUUUGUCGUAUUUUGGAACAUUUUUUACAAGCCUGGUCCAGCAGUAUAGCUAAGGGAUAACAACGAUGAUUAGGAAAUUAAGGACCAAAAACACUAACGUCUAGUUGUCUCUGUGCUUCUCCGGGGAGGAUUUCUGCAGACGUCUUCAGACUAGAUGCAAGGCUUGUCUGGUCAUCAUGCUGUCUCUUCUUUUAGUUGCAAGUAUUGAUUUGAGAUGUAGAAGGUAGAGAUUUCAGUACACUCUUGUGACCAAAAAAUAUAAGUGUUUGUGUCAAGAAUGACUUCAUUCAUGCAAGACCAAAGUACUAGUUCAGUAUCUAGUCUCACAGAAUGCUUUGUUUAGUGGUGUGUGGAUUAUCUUGCAUCUGACUGAAUAUUUUGCUUGAAAAGUUUCAAUAAGAUACCCUGGUACCACAAAGUUGCUAUUGUGAUGAAAAAAAAAGUGCACAGAAGAAGUUUGUUAUGAACAUUUUGUUGAAGGACCAAAUACUGUUUAACUUAAGGUGAACAAGGUUCAAAGAAAUAGACCUGUUUCUGUUUUGUAUAAUGAAUCUCUCAUCCAAAGGAUUUCUACCAAAUUAUGAACUAUUGGGAAAAAAAGUAUUUUUCAUUCACUAUCAAGCACAGGGUUCUGGACAAUAAAAAAAAAAGCACAAGAGCAUCUUGAAAGUGAUUUUUGCUGGUCAUAGUUGGAGACACAUGUUUACUCUCAUCUGUGAUGAAGAGUCUAUUUAUUCAUUAAUUUAUUGAUUUACACAUUUAUAUUUGAUAUAUGUGCUGUAUGCCUGUAUAUUUAUUUAUUGUAACCCCAAGGCUCGUAUGAGGAGUUGAAACCAAUUUGGACAGAGGUGUUAUGUUAAAGCUUCCAUUCUUUUUCCAAGUUUGUUAGGCUAUAUGAUGGGACAGCACAAAUGGAAACCACUGUACUAGCUUUGGGAUUGGUCACUUGAAGCCAAUCUAUCUCCGAUGCUUCGCCUUUUUUUGAGAGUAAAAGUGUUGUGCUUAUUCACCUUAACAAUAUCAUGAGUUAUAUGCAGCAUCUACCGGGAAUCCUGCUCGCCAUAUUUUGCCCAAUCCUGGAAUGUCUAAACAGACAAAAACAAUUAGAGUAGAGGUGCAAAGUAUCCACAUAAAAUGGUAAGAUUUCCCUUUUGACAUGUGAAUAGGAAGGUGGCAACGUACAUAUGAUUCAAGAGAAUAAUAAUCCAUUGUGAAAUGACAAUGGAUGUAUCUAAGAAUCCUUUGUCUCAAUUAAAAAACAAGAUCAGUAUUUUCAUUUUAGAUGCAGGGAGGAUACUUUCAAGUUACCUUGAAGUUACCUUGAAAGCCACACCUUUCCAUCCGAUCGAGGUAUAUACAUAUACAGUUGAAAGUAUGGUGUGGCAGGGUUAAGGAGGUCCCAUAGGACCCAUUGGCAGUUCUUUAUUGAAAUUGAGGAUUGUGGGAGCAUCAAUGGCAGACUGGGGAAGCUUAUUCCAUCUGUUUAUUACUCAUUUGCUUAUUUUGUCUGCUGUGAAUCGAGAUUGAAAUUUGAAAUGAUAUAGCCUGUAAUUCUGGUUCUUCCUUUUUUCAUGUGACAGUACAUUACGGUCUUGCUGAGCAAAAACUCUCAAUUUACCUGUGAGUUCUAAAUGUACUUUGCUGAACAAAAACACAGUGCUAUAUUUCUGAACUAUGUCAAAGUUCUCAAUGCUUGUGUUUGAAAGUAAUCUUGGGCAUUCAAUGAUAACUGCCAACUAGUUUCUUCAAAAAUUAAAGAUGUAUUCAUCUCCUGUGCUGAAUGCGAUAAAGUAAAUACUUGUGCUUUUCUACAUGUCCGGACUUGGACAACCAAGGCUGGUCUACGCAGUCAGUCUUUUAUAUGACUACUCAGCUAUCAUGGACAAGUGGACACACUUUGGCCUAGUAACAUUGAUAGUUAUAAAAAAACUACCCCCUGAUAUUUUAUCAGCCUCAUGGUCAUUUUCAUCUUUAAGAUGGAAAUGUGAUGGAAAUGUCAAAAUUCUUGUCCCUUCCUGCAUAAUUACAACCUAUGUCAAAACAUAAUUCUUCAUCAAUUUCUGUGUAUUUUAGGUACAUAAUCUUUGAAAAGAAAAAUAACAAAUGACAACAAGAAAUACUGCUGCUGCCAAUUUCAGAUAUAAAAGCUGGUUCAGUGAAGUUUCACUAGAGGUCUAGAUAACUUUCUAAGAAUGUGAUGUCUUCAAUAAUCCUUGUUAUGCCUUGGCCGAUAAGGUUCCAGUGUACAAAGAAACAGUCAAGGGAUACAUAAUUUAUAAUUGCUGUUAAUCAGUUUUUUUUUUUUUUUUAUUAUACUAAAUUGGCAACUUCAAUUACUAGUGUAUGGGCCUUGGGGAUACAAUGUACUGUUUGUGUAAUAUAAUGUAUAUUGGCAUAAUUUAAUACUGAAACAGAAAGGCUUGUAAAUUUCAAUGGCUGCAUGUAUAUAUUGCUGUGAUUCAUGACAAAUGUGUUCAUGAAAACUAGUUUUAGUGAUGAAAAGAGAGUACUUUUGAAAAAAAAAUAUACAUUUAUGGAUGGCAUUAUG